UUCAUUCAUUCAUUAAUACCUCUUUCCAUAUCUUUUCAAACCCCAUAAAAAUUUCUACACACAAAUCUCAAACUCCACCUUUAAUUUCCCCAAUUUUCCAUCCCUUUCUUUUCCUUUAUCAAUUUUCAUGGCUGUUUCAGAUAUUGUGGUUGGCAAUUUAAUGAUGUUAUAUAUAGCGGUGAUAGCAUGUAUAAAAGUAUACGGUCAGGUUGUUGGCAAAACCUACGGCGGCGCGUGUGUUUUGAUUCUAUCGACAACGGCUGUCGGUGUUUUAUUGUUGGGUGCGUUGACUUGGGAUGUUUCUCGUAAAGCAGCAACGUAUGCGGUCGUGACACGUGUCGGCGGUGGUGAGGUGGAACAUCAUGAGAUGUGCCGUGGUGGGAUUUGUUGGCAUGGUGUCGCCGUCAAGUCGCCGGCGUCGGAGCUCCGGUUUAGGCUUCCACAACGUGCUCAACAUCUCAAUGGCCGAUGAGAAGAUUAUAUAUAUAUAUAUAUACAUAUAUAAAAAAUUAUUAAAUAAUACUAGUAAAGGAUAAAGGAUAAAAUUUGUAUGUGAUAUAUGAAUUUUUUAACUUUAUGAGGAUAUGAAAAAGGAGAUUCGAAGGUUGGAA